AUGGCUGUGAGUGAAGAACCACUGACGAAGGUUUUGGGUGAGAUCAGCCGUGAUCACUUGGAGUGUGGCAUCUGUCACGAGCGAUACCAGACACCAAAGAUUCUCAAUUGUCUUCACAGCUUCUGUGAGAAUUGUCUUCUGUCGUACCAGAAAACACUGGAGUGUACGUCCGUAAUUCCUUGUCCCGUCUGCCGACGAGAUUCUCAGCUCCCGUCUGACGGGGUCUCGGGACUCAAGACCAACUUUCAUCUGAAGGAGAUUGUUGAAGAUUUCGCUCUGAAGGAGAAACUGACGCAGAAAGGGCGCCAGAAGAUACUCUGCGAUCUGUGCGAGCAGCAAGAGUCGCAGGUAAGAUGCAUGGACUGUUCUCUUGUACUUUGCAACCAGUGCCACAGGGGUCACAGUCGCAUUGCCGGUACGGCUGAACACCAGAUCUUGGCCUUGGCUGAUUUACGCUUGGGGUCGGUCUCCUCAAAGGUCAAAGUUGAGCCACGAUGUGAAAAACACUCGGGUGAAAAGAAGAGGUUCUUCUGCGAGACCUGCGACAAGUUGAUCUGCAGGGACUGCACCAUUGUUGAUCAUAAAGGGCAUCACGUUAUUGGGAUUGGCGAUGCUGCGUCUCGCUUCAGAGACACUACAAAACAGCUAAUGACACAAAUGGAAGAACAGUUGUCUGCUGUUCGAGAGAGAACCGAGCAAGACAAAGUUGGCAACGCUGAUAUCUCCGCGGCAAAGGAACAAGUGAUCAAACAAGCUGAGGUCGAGGCGACAAAAAUAUCACAAGUCGAGCGCAACAUUCUUCGGGAUAUUUCUCGUCGAGGGGAUCUCCGGGUAAAAUCUCUCGAGGUCUGUGGAUACACUCCCACUGCACAGCCAAGUAAACACGAUUUGAAACUGCCUGAAAAGGCGCAGCUGUACUCUCCAAAGGCAGAGACUAGGUUCAAAAAUGUGGAUAGCAACCUUCAGCAGUUCCAACAAGAAUGUCGUACAAUCCAAUCACAAGAUUUCUUUCUUACCCGGGAGUUGAAGGCCUUCAGAGACGAUACCCAAGAGGAAGCCAGUGGCGAUCAGGCCAGGGUAGAAGCCAGGAAAAAAGAUCUCAUCUUGCAAAUAGAUAUCAUCACCAACGACAGGGAGACCUUGAAGAACCAGACUGCUGCUUGCAUUCGCCGUGUGUGCCAUGCAUUGAAGACUGCCGCUGACCUGGUCGAAUCCGCUGGUGACGCGGACUUCCUCGAGCUCCACUCGGUGGUUGAUGCAGAUCUCAAGACGCUGGCACAAGAAGCUCGUGUUUUCAUCCCCGGCUAUCCGAAAGUGGAGUUCAAGAGCAGAGAUGGCUUUGAGCUCGGCGAUGUUGUGAGCCCUUCUGAGACAACUUUGAAAUUCCUGAGACAAAUUGAUGCCCAAAUCAAUUAUAAGCAGCAGCAAUCAUAUUCAUAUCGGUAUGACGGGCAAAGUACAGAGGUACGAAUGACGAUCAAUUUCAUCGCUGCCUUACAAAAUGAUGUGAUAGUGUACGGUUACAGAGAGGAUGGAAAAAUCAUCUCUACAGCUGCAAAACCUUACAACAUACAGUUGAAACCUGCAGGCCGCUUAGUCGCGUUACCUAAUGGAAAUGUCAUCGCUGUCGGUGCUAAUGGAGUUGCUCACUUGUACAGUGCCGAUGUGUUAACCAAGUUUAGUGGUUUUCCGCAAGUCGAGGGGGUCGAAAUUUUUAAACCUAUGCCAGCGUCAACAUGCACAUGGAGUCGUACCCCUUGCACCGCUGCUCACUACCAGGGUAACCAGAUUAUCCUUGGUUUUUCCAACCCUCACGAAAUCGCCGUCCGGGACUUAUCCAGUGGAUCGGUAGUUGGUCAAGCACCUCUCAGCAUCUCUCCCGAUUUCCUCGCAGUUACCCGCACGGGGCGAAUCCUGGUGGCCGCAAGUAACCCGGCUGUCGUCCAGGGGGUCGUCUUGAACCAGACCAACGCGUUUACAAUACACCCGACCUUUAAUGGCGACCGAAAGAAUGUGACAUGCCACGGCAUUUGCUGCGAUAGCCGAGACAACAUUUAUGUGGCCGUGUACUGUCAUGCUGCGACACACCAAUCCACAGCAUCUGGUCGUGCUGAAAGCAAAGUCCACCUUCAUCAGUACAGUCCGUAUGGUAGUUUCAUGGGUUGCUUGACACACAGUGGCGUAACUUGCGUAACUUACGGCGUUGGCAUUGCAGCGACGGGGGAUGAUACCCUUGCUGUGGCAGGUCCAUAUCAAAUCCAGUUGUUCAAAAUUGAGCAGUAGACCCAAAGCAUGUGUUGCGUGUUAC